AUGGCGCUUGCACGUAAUAGCGUGCUUGCAUUGCUCACCUUUGCUAUCAGUAUUCAUGCGGCGCCCACAGGCUUGAACGAACGCCAACUUGGCAUUAUCCUCCCACCCAAGCAGAGUAUCUCUUGGGAGAACAGCAACCCCGAGCCUACUGAGGAAUCAGAAGAUCUGGACUACCCAUCCAAACCAACUAACCAGAUAAGUCUUGGACAGCCAACAGGAUGGCUAAGCUGGGAAACCACUGCUCCCGCCCCCACAGAUGCUCCAGAAGAACCUGAUUCUCCACUACCGAAGCCAACUGAUCAGAUCAGUUUGGGUAAGCCUUCUUUCUGGGUGAGUUGGGAUACACCAAUACCGGGGCCAACAGAUACACCUGAAGAGCCUGGCCAUCCACCACCGCCCAAGCCGAGUGAUCAGAUCAGCCUUGGUCCUCCUUCUGGAUGGAUCAGCUGGGAUAGUCCGACGGCGACGCUCGAGCCGACUCCUACUCCCGACAAACCAACGCCGACUCUAACUUCUGAAUACUCUUCAAUAUUCACAACGCCGAUCGAGGACAGUUCGACUACAGUAUUGACUCCCUCAAGCUUUGUUAGCAAGUCUUGUCAAUCUGAGGCGACGACGUCAGCAGUAUCUUCCAGCAAGACGCCAACUCCAACACCAGCACCUACCACUACAAAGAGCGCCUUCAUCACCCUUGCACCGCCAAAUUUCAGUAUCACAUGGGGACUCCAGGCCAGGGACGCUGCUGAUCUCAAGCCCACUUCCACCAAGAAGACGACGGUUAAGCCCUCAACCACGAAGAAGACGACAACAACCCAAAAGACCAGUACGAAGAAGACUACAUCGAAGACGAGUUCGACAAAGAAGUCUACCUCAUCAACAAAGAAGACAAGUUCGACGGUUACCACCAAAAGGUCUUCCACAUCCUCAACACCAAAGCCCACGCCCACACCAACGCCGGCGCCAUCGCCAACACCGGAGCCCACUCCUACUCCCGCUCCUACUUCCGCAGUCAUACCAACAUCCAAGCCUGGCCCCAUUAUAAUUACCCCAACUUACAUCAUCAUCCCCACGCCAGGCCCGGAUCCCGACUUCCCAGACGACCCGGACUUCCCAGAUGACCCCGAUUUCCCAGGUGACCCAGAAUUCCCUGGUGACCCCGACUUCCCAGGCGACCCAGAGGACCCCGAAUUCCCCGAACCGACCCAAGCCCCACCCAAAGAUGAAAUCACCCUCGGCCCCCCAACCGCAACCGUGAUCUGGGGAAAACGCAAAGAGCCAUCUGACACGGCGCCUACGCGUCUUCCUGUUUACCCUGCUCUUGAAGACUCUGACCUUGGUGAUGGCGAUGAUUAUAAUCCUGCCUUCCCUCUUCCCCCUUAUAUGCCCAACCCGCCUGAUACCAUUGGUAUCCAACCCCCCACUGCAACAUUGAUUUGGGGCCGCGAGGCUCAGCGUAAGUAG